CGCACACCGACAGACAGUCAAACCUUGCGCACGUACCGUGGCACCAUCACUACGUACUGUACCUCACCUAGCACAUGGCGACUGUUGCCAUGGCGACGCACCAAACACUCGGCUGGCUGUCUUCCUUGUCUGUCCCGCUCCUCGUUCUGCCCCGCUGCUGGCUCUGUGUUGCUUGCCUUCCACUCGCCUCUGUAAUGUACCACUGUGCUAACACGCGAAGGAAAUGGCAUGAGGUGCACCGCUUCAGUUAGCCAAAGCCAUGGCAGACAUGCUGGAGUAUUAUCAGCAGAUUGGGGAACUAAAGAAAGCUGUGAGAGAAAGGGAGCUUCACCGCUUGGAGCUGGAGAAGCAGACUCUACUCACUGCCCAGAAGAAAGAAAGGAGACAUGAAGACUUCAAGGAUAAAAUCAGAGACAUUCAAAGGGAGUUGGCACAGAAAGAAAGGGAAGCAGCACAGAAUUUCCAGAGUUUGUUGGCACGAGUGGACUCCAUCAGGAGAGAACACCAGCUCCUUGCAGCACACACCGAACAACUAAGGCAGAGGAAGCUUCAGUAUGAAAUGAACUUGAAGAGUGCAAACCCAAUACUUCAUACUUCAGUGCCUCAAGACCUGUCUGGCAUUUUUGAUGAUGCAACUUGGAAGGGCCACUUACCAACCACCAGUACACCACUCUCUAAACCACAGCUGCAGCAACCCAAUCUUGUGACAUCCAUAGCCUCAUACAACACUGCUUCAAUGGGCCAUAUGCCAACCCAACCUGUGGAUAGAGAUGUGAGAAGAGUGAAUCUAAAUGUGAAUAAGCAACAGCCUUAUGCAGUUCCAAUGACCAAUAUAUCCAUGCCAAGUACUGGCAGCCUGACAGAUGAAUCCCUGCUUCACAGCCUCAAAAUACCAUCACUAACUCAGCUGAGUAGUGUCAUGAAGACCCCAUCAACCUACAGCCAACCAUCCCAUGUGGAUUACAGAAUUACACAUGAUAACUCCAGAGACCCACCACCUCAUGAUGGAAUGAUUUUGCAUCCUCAUGCUAAUAUGACUAAAGCCUCUAUUUACAGCCAGACUCCUCAUUCAGAUUACAGGAUUCCUCAAGUUUACAGAGAAGCACCAACUAUUCUGCAAGUAUCUAGAGAACCUCUGAAUCAGACCGGACCAGUUUCUCAAAGUUAUAUGGCCAACACUCCAAUGCCCUCUCUCUCUCACAGCCACCAUUCUCUUGGAGAUUAUGUUUCCAGGGAACCACUCAUUCAUGAUUUUACAACAGUACCAAAUAAUCAUCAGUCCAAUGCCCAACCACAGAUUCAAAACAAUAUGGUUGGUACCCAAAGAAGUGUCACCCUGCAGCCCUCUCAUGUGGAUUACACAAACCCUCUUAUUUCCCAAGAACCACAAGCUGACAUGAGAAUAGUAUCACCAACUCAAGUUAACACUGCUCAGACACCCAUGGCACAUGUCACUCCACCUCAUCAAGGCCAUAUGGUCACUAAUGAUCCUGCUAGACAAGUUAUCCUUCAGAGUCAUCCACCCACUCAACCUGCUUCAAGAGACCCAAUGGAAUAUAACAGAAGCAUGAACAUGAAUGUUUCCCAGAUUCAUUCAGAUCCAUUAGUUACUACUAAACCCUUAACAAAUAUUUCCCUUCACUUACAGGACAUUCCAUACUCAAGUAACACUGACUUAAGUUAUAUGAAUCAACCACCCUCAGCUGUUCCACCACAGCAUCUUUCUGGUGCAAACUCUCUUUCAACCAAUAGGUAUGGGUCAGCAGAUGGAGUCACUAAUUACUUACCAGCUAAAUCUAUACCAGGCAGAGGCUAUGAAUCAGAAUACACGAGUUUUCAUCUUAAAACUCUCCCACAUGACUCUCUACAUCAUGAUAUACACCCAUCUACAUCAAAUAACACUAUGCAUACUGAUUCAGACACACAGCAUAACAGAGCUACACUUCCUUCAUCUAAUGAAAUAUGUAACCCUCAACCAAACUUACUUGUAAAGAGAGAAAUACCAGAGAAGGAUACUAAUGUUGUAAGAGGGUCCAUGUUAAGGCAAGAUCCAGUAGAGGUGCAUGAAUUGGCCAGUAGUGUAAGGGAAGGAGAGAUUACCUACAGAACACCUGCAGUGCCAGAUGUUGAUGACAAACCAAGAGAAAUAUUUGACUCAAGAAGAAACUAUGAUGAAAGAACACAAAAUGACAGCACAGGGAGAAAUGAAACUGAAAAGAUUCAAAGCAGUAACCUUCCAAUAUCAAAACCAAAUGAAAACAGUAACAACCUUUCAGUAUCAAAACCAUACACUGCUCUAACUCAUGACAGUAUUGUAGAAAGUAGGGAAUACAAUGAUGAAAAAACAUCUACCCCUGAAAAAAAUGUAAUGUACAAUGUACCAUCAACAAACACAGAGGUAACAUUAGUAGAAGCCAAGCACGAUUUAAAGUCUCACACAGAACCUUAUCUAUCAUCAGCAAAUCAAGCAACAGUCAAUGCACAGCAAGAAAAUUACCAUAAGCCCAGCCAAGUUCAGACAAAUGAUGAACCACAGCUAGCUGAAACUAAUGCAUACAAUUAUGAAAUGCAGAACAAAACACCUCUCACACAACAUCAAAGAGAAGCUGAAAUGAAGGAUGUUGAGUUUACAGGUAGAAGGGACAUUAACACACAAGACCCUCCCUCCCAAGCACCCACAAAACACAACAGCCCUGACAGACAGUCCAGUUCUUCCAGCAAGUCCCCAUCCUUAGCAACCACAAAAAGCAGUCCUGUCAUAAAUACUUCAACCCUACUUUCUGAAGCAACACAGAAUGAGGUAAAGAAUCCUGACAGGCAUUCCAGCUCCUCCAAGGAGUCUCCCCAAUCACACCCUACAAAAAGCAACACCAGACCAACUACUUUCUUGCCAUCUAAACCACCAGUGCAAAAUGUGGAUGACAGUGAUACAGAUUUCUUCGAUCAAAAUACGAAUGUGACAAAUUCUGCAGCAUACAGAUCCCUAGUGGGUGGCAUGAGGAAAGGAUCAGAUGGCACAGACAGCGAGAUAGAUGAGGCUGAAGGACAGGUGUCAGCCAUUAUCUCUAAGCCUCAGACUCCACUAUCAAGACCAACAUUCAAGCCAUUUGCUGCGAGUAUUCCAUCCCUGAGACCAGCUCAGCCAGAUACAGACACAGACAGCAUGGACAGUGUGGAGGCAGCCAUACAAGCAGCCAUGAAGAAGAAAGAUCUAGAAGCAGUGACAGAGUCCCCAAGAGAAUCUCCACAGCAUCCACCCUCAUCCUCCUUGAAACAAGAAUGCACAUCAGAAACAUCCAAUGAGCCAGUCAAGCCUGUGCCAGUCAAGCCUGGAAUAGAUAAAGCAUCUGGCAAGAAGACACAGAACACACCUACUGCUUUACAAAUUAAUUUAGAUUCAGAAUGUGAAUCAUAUGAAGUCAGUGGUGGAGGAGAGGCCUCAGAUGAAGAUGACUUUGAUUUUUAUGAUAAAUUCUGAUUAUUAAGCUUUAGUUUUAAGUGUGGAGAAGACUGGCUCAAGCUUCUCUUGUAUCUAAUAACACCUAAUUCAACUAUUGAGGGUUAUGCACCAACUCAAAAAGAACAUUUGCCAAAUGUAUAGACUAAAUUAAAUUAGUUUAAAAGGUCUUGUACUCUUUUGAGACAUACCAAGAUAAAGUGUUACUACCUUUAUACUUUAUUUGAAAUGAGCUACAGUCCAUUUCAGUGGCAGCUUUAUUAUGCAGUAUAUGCCAUAUGUAGUUACUCAAAUAUUGUAGUUUGUAAUAUGAAUAUCUGCACAAUAGAUAAAGCUUACUAUGUAGCUAAAGCUUAGCUAGGAUAUAUUAGAUUACCAGAAGCAUGUUACUUCAGUCCGUCCACUUCUGUUAUGUGCUUUGGCUGUGCUAAAUUCCAAGUUGUGAUAAUUUGUAAGUAGACUAUGAAUUGAAA